CAGUAAAGUUGAGGAAAAAGACCGAUCUUUGCACCCAUUGUUUAAUUAUGAUAGCGUGUUUUCUGAUUUUGCUUUGUCAUGUUGAAUUUGCACUUUUGUUCCUCCCUCCCUUAUGCCUGCGGCCUGUAACUUGGCUGCCACUCCUCAACCACUCCCUGGAAAAAAAAUGCAUAUAAAUUAGGACUUCGUACAGUUGUUUUCUUUCUGAAGCUCUUGCUGGCUCAUACAACAGUGCUGCAAAGUUUCAGAGUUCAGUAAAGAAUCGAGGAAAUACUGUAAAGAGAUGGAGCUUGACAAAGACCGUUGUAUUAAGAUGAACGAUGGCAACAAAAUUCCUGCACUGGGAUUUGGUACCUAUUCCCCUGAUGCAGUUCAAAAAAGUAAAUGUGAGGAGGCGACAAAGGUGGCUAUUGAAGUUGGCUUUCGCCAUAUUGAUGGAGCCUUUGUAUAUGGGAUUGAGGAGGAGGUUGGACGAGCCGUUCACGAGAAGAUUGCAGAUGGAACAGUUAAAAGAGAGGACAUAUUUUAUACAGGAAAGCUUUGGAGUACCUUUCACCGUCCUGAACUUGUGCGAAGCUGCCUGGAACAAUCACUGAAGAAACUUAAGUUUGACUAUCUUGAUCUCUUCAUUAUCCACAACCCCAUGUCUCUAAAGGCCAUGGAGGCAUGUAAAGACGCAGGCUUGGUGAAGUCCAUCGGAGUGUCCAACUUCAACAUCAGACAGCUGGAGAUGAUCCUGAACAAACCAGGGCUCAAGUACAAACCUGUUCUCAACCAGGUUGAAUGUCACCCUUACCUCAACCAAGGCAAAUUACUGGCCUUCUGCAAAUCCAAGGAUAUCCUCCUUGAAGCCUAUUGUGUUCUGGGAUCACAGAGAGACAAGAUGUGGAUAGACCAAAGCACCCCAGUUCUGCUGGAGGACCCAGUAUUGGGUGCAGUUGCCAAAAAGUACAACCGAAGCCCCGCUCUAGUAGCCCUGCGCUACCAGCUGCAACGUGGAAUCGUGGUCCUCUUUAAAAGCUAUACCAGAAAGCGUAUUGAAGAAAACUUCCAGGUUUUUGACUUCCAGCUCUCUGAGGAGGACAUGAAAACCAUUGAUGGGAUGAACAAAAACCGUUCCUAUGUGCGUUUAGAACAAUUUUUGGGCCACCCACAGUUGUAUACGGAUGAAUAAUGGAAAGGAUCUUUUCAUUGUUCCUGAUUUUAUUUCACGCAUAAGGAAAAUCAGGCAUACAUUUCAUCUCCUUGCCCCGUUCCUGUGAUUAGUCCUAGAGAAGCGCCCUGUUCUGGAAACCCACCUUCUGCUGGAGAUGUCAAGAGAUCUACACUGUACAUUUAAACAGAAAUGCUAAACAACUCAGUCUCUGAAUGGAAUGGCACUUCAUUGCUAAUUGGGAAAAAAUAAAGGUGUCUGUGUAAUGCA